UAUCACUUUUCUUUUACUUGUCUUUUUACUGUACUUUUCUGUUUUCUCUUUUCUUUUUUUCUCAUUUUUAUGUUUAGUCAUCUCUUUUCGAUUUUCUCUUUUCGAUUUUCUUUUUCCUCUUUUCAUUCCUUUUUUCAGUUUUCUCUUAUCACUUUUAUCUUUUGUCUUUUCACUUUUCUCCUAUUAUCGGAGUGACUCACUUCUCGUACCUGGUGCUGCCUAAUGUCAGAACAUCUAUUACAUUGUCUUGGGGGCCUAUUAGACGUGCGCCCAGGUAUCGUUCAUUUCCCCUGAUUGCCAUCAAGGCAGCGUCGCCUAGCAACUGUGCAUAAGGGCAGCCAUGGGUCUGCCUGAGUGGACACCUGUGGUUUAGCGUAGUUGUCUGUGGGUUUGCCUGUGGUAAGACCAGCGAUGUUACAAGGGUAUUAUACAUGGUUAAUGCAACAUUAGGUUAAAACUUAACAGAUCAUAGAUGCAUUUGAUUUUAUUAAUUUGUUUAUGCGUUCUCAUUUAUAUGAUGGGUUUAUGUAUACUAUCAUUUAUAUAAUUAUGUUUUUGUUUUUAUCAUCUUUUUUAUCAGACACAAAAAACAUUAUGGGAAGGUAAAACAAACAAACAAAACACAAACAAUCAAACAAAUUGAAAGUAAAUGGUCAAUUUAAAAAUUACGAUUAUUAGUAUGAAUGUUAAACAGUUAAUACAUUUUAUUUUGCUUUUUUAGGAUUGUGGGAUAAUAUGAAAGCAAACAAAAAUAAAACAAAACCUUCCACACAACCAAGUGAACCUUCUGCAAGCCCAAACAAUCAGAAGGCACCAGAAUUUAAACAUUCUGAUGAUAAAGAGUUCCUACAUGAGGAUAUUAAACAACUGAAGCAUUUAAAAAAUAAAAUAUGUAAAAUGGAAGAAAAAGAAUUCAUAAGUAAUGAGGUAAUUAUUGCAGCAGAACUAAAGUUGGUGCUGUUGGCGAGAACCAAAUCUGAUAAGACUGCAGCAAAAAACAUCAUCCUGGGCAAAGAGGUGGCUGCUACAUCUACAACUACAUCCACCGCAGAGACUGAGAACACACAGCUGGUGGAUGGGAGGAAGGUGACUGUGGUGGACACUCCUGACUUGUUCUCUCCUGGAAUGUCUCUAGAAGAAUUUAGACAUAUUGAGGGACCACAUGCCUUCCUCCUGAUAAUACCUGUAAUGAACUCGGAAAAAACAGAGCACAAGGAAGAUAAAACACAAGUGUCAUUCUUUAUGAUGGAGGAUUUUUUUGGAGAUAGAUGUUGGAGAAACACCAUAAUCAUAUUCAGUGUUACUGAUGAACUUCAGAAGAACAACAUUGGGGAAUUUAUCAAAUCAGGAGACCAGGAGCUCCAGGAACUUGUAGCGAAAUGUGAGAAAAGGUUUCAUUGUCUCAACAUUAAGAAAAGGGGAGAUUGUUCUCAGGUCAAAGAGCUGCUGGAGAAGGUAGAGACAAUGGUGGACAGAAAUGGAGCUAAGAUUUAUCAGAUUAUCGAAGAUAUGGUGAUGGAAAGUGCUUUGCUUAAGGAUGUGCAACAUCAAAUGCAGGAAAGCCUAGACAAAAAUGAGGAGCUUAUAAAACAAUAUGAAGAGGAUCUAACAAAGUUAGGGACCGGUCAAAAUAGUGCAGAUAACAGAAAAAAUAUUGAUGCUCUAAAAAAAAAUUGUGAAAUAAAAAAAAAAGUUGGGGAGGAUAUAAAGGGAAGAUAUGACAGGAUUGUAAGGAUGAAAGAUAACAGAGAGUUUAUUAGGGUCAUUUUGCCAGAAACAAUGCAAACUGUUUGGCUUUCACUGUCAGAUGAGCAGAACAAAAAUCUUGACAAGAAAAAUGAGCUAUCUCAGCUUAAAGAAUCGUUCUCAACAAACAUGGAGAAGUUUCCUUCUAUUAACGUAGAGACAGAUUUGUGAUGAUUUCUAUUGUCAUUUGAAAAACAAGUUAAAAUACUGGGACAGAAGAAGCCUGAAUGAGAAUUUGUAUGUAAUUUUUGCAUGCCUUUUGCAUACCAUACCGCGUUAUUUUUUUAUAUAUUUUUCAUUGAAAGUCUGUAAACUGUUGCUACCAUAAUGUAUUGUGGUUAUUAAAUAUUAUAAUAUACAGUAUAGCUAUAAAUAAGAAAAAAUGUGUUGUACUGUUGUUGGAAAUUUAGCCGGUUGCAUAGGGGUAAUUACAUUUAUUUGCUUUUAUGACUUUUAUUUGCCGGACUUCUUUUGUUUUAAAUGGUUUAAAAAAUUGGGAAGUGUGCUUUUCUCAAAAUUUGGUCAAGGUAGUGGAUAAACAGACAUAUACUUUAAGUAUGCAAUUUCCAUAAACAUGUUUUUUCAUAAAUACUAAUGGUUAUAAUGUAAAGGUGCUGUAGAUGUGACAUCUUUCACUGAAUUUAUAAUUUUUUUUCUUUUAUUGGUUUAAUUUUAUCUCUUCUUUUUACUUAUUGUGUAAUCAGGCAUGUAAAAGGAACUUAUUUAUCAAGUAGUUAAGUUAAAUUCAUAUUGAAAAACUAUAAAGGAGAGGGUGGGUGUAAAAAAGGAUCCAGAUGAAUUUCUAAAUGAUUCAUGUGUUCUUGUGCAGUUUGCUUUUAGUGAUCUCACUUAUGAUUCUUUUAGUAAUAUUUACAGAUGUUCAUGCAAAAGAUUUGGUGCAUGCAAAAAAGAGUAGGAAGUAUAGUGAGCCAACUGAUCAUUACAGACCAGGUGAUGAUGCUGUAAAAGCUACAAGUUAUCAUAUUGGGUGAAUUUCUUUUUCAUCCUGGGAUGGACCAAGACUUUGCCAAUACAAGCAGAGCUGAAAAAAUACUGUACAGCGAGGACGACCAAAAACAACAGAUGAGAUGGGUGCAUUUAUUAUUUACAGAUCCUGUCUCUGUUUAAGGAUUGCUAUUGAUUUGUUGUCAAAGGAUCAUGUGACAGGUGGAGUUUCAGGGGAGUUUGUGAAUUUAUCAGUUGAUGUGUCAGUGCACUUUCAAACUGUGUGUGUGUGUGUGUGUGUGUGUGUGUAUGCUCACAAGCUUUCUGAUGCUAUUGGUAAUUAGUCUUAAAAUUCAGGAUCUGAGAAUCCUGUGAGCAGAGAAGCAUCCUCAUGAGACAGC